CGGGAGCAGGUUGUUUUUAUGAGGCGUCACUGGUGUCGAGACCCGGACGCCGCCACGGUGACAGCCGGCGCGGUUGGGCGGAGGGGGCGCUGAGGGUCAGACCUGAAAAAUGUCUGAAAAUUCCAGUGACAGUGAUUCAUCUUGUGGUUGGACUGUCAUCAAUCAUGAGUUUCAAUAUUUAAUAGCAACUGUACCAACUGAGAUUGAAGGAGGUGAAGGUUCUCUGUUGGUGUGAGAGUUGACAGCCUCACUGUGUAGCUGGCUGGACAGGAACUCAAGAUCAUUCUAGAACUUCAGCUAUUCAAGUGCUGGAAUUAUAGGCAUGUGCUACCACUCCCGGUUUUUGUUUUGGUUCUGAUGUGGAGAUGAAUUCUGUCACAGUCACUGACAACUGUGAACUGACCCCAGAAUGUUCCUCUCUAGAACCAGAGGAACUGCAAGUACUGGAGAUAAAGCAUGGAGGUGGAGAAAGCAGUGAGAACAGCACAUUGUUAAGGGGAGAAACGGCUUUGGAAGAAGCUAAGUCAACAAUUGAGGGAGAGGAAACAAUGUCACCCGAGGACAAUGUCUACUUUGGAACUUCCAGCGACGAUUCUGAUAUUGUUACCCUUGAGCCACCUAAGCUAGAAGAAAUGGUUAAAGAAGCCCCCAGUUCAGAAGACUUCAACAUGGGCUCUUCCUCCAGUAGCCAGUACACCUUCUGCCAGCCAGAGACCAUCUUUUCAUCUCAGCCUAGCGAUGACGAAUCAAGUAGUGAUGAAACCAGUAAUCAGCCCAGUCCUACCCCAAGACGCCGGCGGGGCAGGAAGAAGACCAUUUCCACUUCAGAGUCUGAGGAACAGCCACAGGUGGAACCAGAUGGGCCUCCCCAGGGGCUGAAUAAGCGCCACUUCAGUGGGGGCCUCAACAAGUGUGUUAUCCUGGCCUUGGUCAUUGCUGUCAGCAUGGGGUUUGGACAUUUCUAUGGCACAAUUCAGAUUCAGAAGCGUCAGCAUUUAGUCAGGAAGAUCCAUGAGGAUGAACUGAAUGAUGUGAAGAAUUAUCUCUCUCAGUGCCAACAGGAACAAGAGUCUUUUGUAGAUCCCACAUCAUUGAAAGAAAACCUUGCAAGGUGUUGGACCCUUACCGAAGCAGAGAAAAUUUCCUUUGAAACUCAGAAAAAUAACCUUGCUGCCGAAAAUCAGUAUUUAAGAAUGUCUCUGGAGAAGGAAGAAAAAGCUGUGUUAUCAUUGCAGGAAGAAUUAAAGCAACUGAGGGAGCAGAUUAGGAUAUCAGAAGAUAAAGGGUCAAGCACUGUGUUAAUUAAGGAAAACCAGGUACUUAAGCAGCAUUUAGAAGUGGAGAAACAGAAGGCAGACAGCUUCUUUACUGAAAGAGGAAUGCUGUUGGAGGAAACAAAGAUACUGAAGAGGGACCUGGAGAAGGAACGACUCUUAGCGAUGGCUCUGACGGCAAAACUCGAGCAGCUGGGCCCCAGUCAGUCUCAGGAUCGCUUAGAUUCUCCCAAUGUACUGACGGAAAAAAGGGAAAUGGCACUGUUACAGCAAAGACUCGCUGAGCUGGAACAGAAACUAAACUUUGAACAGCAGCGUUCGGAUUUGUGGGAAAGACUGUAUGUUGAGGCGAAAGAUCAAAAUGGAAAGCAAAAGACUGAUGGAGAGAAGAAAGGAGGCAGAGGAAACCACAGGGCCAAGAGUAAGUCCAAGGAAACGUUUUUGGGAACAGUUAAGGAGACAUUUGAUGCUAUGAAGAAUUCUACCAAGGAGUUUGUGAGACACCAUAAAGAAAAAAUUAAGCAGGCGAAAGAAGCUGUGAAGGAAAACCUUAAGAAGUUCUCAGAUUCUGUCAAGUCCACGUUCCGACAUUUCAAAGAUACCACCAAGAAUAUCUUUGAUGAAAAGGGCAAUAAAAGAUUCAGUGCUACAAGAGAAGAGGCAGCUGAGAAGCCAAGAACAGUUUUUGGUGACUUUUUACAUCCACAGCAUAAAGUGUCUACACAAAACCAGAAUUGCAGGGGCCCUGCUGUGCAAAGGAACGGAAGGAGGGAAAAGCCCAGGCACUUUGAAGAAUUCAGAAAAAAUGCAAAUUCACAGAAGUGCAACUCUGAGCAUAACUAUGGGGAAACCCAUUCUUGCAGAAGGGCUUGCUCGGGUGUGUUUGAAUGUGCUCAUCAGGAAUCCAUUAGGCCUUUUAAUAUACUGCGUCCUGUGAGGAUAGAUGAAUUCAGACGGCUAAUUGAAAAGUACUUAGUGAAUGAGCUGGGUGCUUUUCAUCAUUGGAAAGAACUGGAUGAGUUCAUCAGUAAGUUUUUCCUGAAUGGUGUCUUUAGACAUGACCAGAAGCUCUUCACCGACUUUGUUAGCGAUGUAAAAGGUUAUCUUAAGGACAUGAAGGAAUAUCAAGUAGUCGAUGUUGAUGGAGUGUUGGAGAAGUUGGAUGGAUAUGUUUAUGGACACUUUGGUCAUACUUUCCCCCUACCAUAUGGACCCAGUCGACCUGAUAAAAAGCAGCAUAUGGUAAAUAUUGAAAACUCCAGGCGUCGAAAACAAGAACAGAAGCAGCUUCGGCCACAGCCGCACAAAAGGGAAGGUAAAUGGCACAAGAAAGGUCGCGCUAAUGGAGGACACGUGGCAAGUCUAGAGAUAGAAUUGGGGCGGUUACCUUUUGAUCCUAAAUACUGAUUCAUGAUUAAGUUCAACUAACUAGAAAAUUAGAGACAUGUGGAUGUUUUCUACAUUGUUUGGUGUUGAAAUUAAGAUGUUAUCAAGAUGACUAUGAUGUUUCCCCCCAUUUUUAAAAGACUGGCUUGAUGGCUUUAUGUUAUGCAAAAGCAAAGCUUACUAACAUGCAUUUUCCUGUAGCUUAGCUUUGCUUUAAGAAAAAUUUUUUUUGGCCCUGGGAAGAAAUGGUAGUUUUAUUUAGGAAGCCAGGCAUGGAAUAGAUUCUGUGCAUGAAAUAAGAAUUUGUUUCAGCAUAUGAACUUUUAAACAAGCUCAGAUCACACAUGGCAGACUGUAAGUAAGUGCUAGGUUUGCAGUAGAGCUUGAAGAGUAGCUUGAUGGGACCUCACCUCUAAUGUCUUAUACUCUUACACUUUUGUCUUUGUGGGUUCAAGAGCCUGUUGGCUUGUGAAGAAUUUGCUGCCCUCUUACGAACUUGCUGACUUGUUCUUGUGAAAUGUCUUGCACAUCCGAAUAUUAUGGAGGAAACAAUAAAAACUACACCGUGAAGAAAA